GCGGGCUGGGGCUGGGGCGGCGGCGGCCGGCAAGACCUGCGGCCGCGGGGAGCGGUCUUGGCGUGUCCCAUCCCCUCCGUCUCCUCGCACGGUUCUGCGACCCGCUCUCGGGCCCAGCGGCCUUAGCCUCUGGCCAUGGACUCGCAGAAAGAAGCUCUGCAAAGGAUCAUUUCAACUUUGGCAAGUAAAAAUGAUGAAAUUCAGAACUUUAUUGAUACACUAAAUCAAACACUAAAAGGAGUUCAGGAAAAUUCUUCUAACAUACUUUCAGAGUUAGAUGAAGAAUUUGACAGUUUAUACUCCAUAUUGGAUGAGGUGAAAGAAAGCAUGGUUAACAGUAUCAAGCAGGAACAAGCUCGUAAGUCACAAGAGUUACAGAGUCAGCUUAGUCAAUGUAAUAAUGCCCUGGAAAACUCAGAAGAAUUAUUAGAAUUUGCAACACGGUCAUUAGAUAUAAAGGAACCUGAAGAAUUUUCAAAGGCUGCCAGACAGAUCAAGGAUAGAGUAACAAUGGCUUCAGCCUUUCGCCUUUCUUUGAAACCAAAGGUCAGUGACAACAUGACUCAUUUAAUGGUGGAUUUUUCUCAGGAAAGACAGAUGCUGCAAACUUUGAAGUUUUUGCCAGUCCCCAAAGCUCCAGAGAUAGAUCCAGUCGAGUGUCUGGUGGCUGACAACUCUGUCACGGUAGCUUGGAGAAUGCCAGAAGAAGAUAACAAGAUUGACCAUUUUAUACUGGAAUAUAGGAAAACUAAUUUUGAUGGACUUCCACGCGUAAAGGAUGAGCGAUGCUGGGAGAUCAUUGAUAAUAUUAAGGGUACUGAAUAUACGCUAUCAGGCUUAAAGUUUGAUUCGAAAUAUAUGAAUUUCAGAGUGCGAGCUUGUAACAAGGCUGUGGCUGGAGAGUAUUCUGAUCCUGUGACUCUAGAGACCAAAGCGCUUAACUUCAAUUUGGAUAACUCAUCAUCCCAUUUGAACCUGAGAGUUGAAGAUACCUGUGUAGAGUGGGAUCCUACUGGAGGAAAAGGUCAAGAAAAAGUUAAAGGAAAAGAGAACAAGGGCAGUGGCCAUGUUACUUCACUGAAGAAGCAUACAAGAAGUGGUACGCCAUCCCCUAAACGGACAUCCGUGGGCUCCAGGCCACCAGCAGUAAGAGGCAGCAGAGAUCGUUUUACUGGGGAGUCAUACACGGUGCUGGGAGACACUGCUAUUGAAAACGGACAGCAUUAUUGGGAGGUCAAGGCCCAGAAGGAUUGUAAAUCCUACAGUGUAGGAGUAGCAUACAAGACUUUGGGGAAAUUUGACCAAUUAGGAAAGACAAAUACUAGUUGGUGUAUCCAUGUCAACAACUGGCUACAAAACACAUUUGCAGCAAAGCAUAAUAAUAAAGUCAAAGCCUUGGAUGUUACCGUUCCUGAAAGAAUAGGUGUAUUUUGUGAUUUUGAUGGGGGUCUACUUUCUUUCUAUGAUGCAAACUCAAAACAGUUGUUGUAUUCCUUUAAGACAAAAUUUACUCAGCCAGUACUACCUGGUUUCAUGGUUUGGUGUGGUGGACUUUCUUUGAGUACGGGGAUGCAGGUUCCAAGUGCUGUGAGAACACUGCAGAAAAGUGAAAAUGGAAUGACUGGUUCAGCUAGCAGUCUAAACACUGUUCCUCAGUAAUGCGUACUCAGAACACGUUUACCCCGCUGUGGAUUGGGUGGCCUUUUCUGUGUAGUUACUAAUCACAGAAAUUUGAGUGGUGGAAAUCAGGUUUGCUAUCUUCUGCUUUAAGGCCUGGAAUCUGUUAGCAUUAAGCAUCUAGUACGAAGCAUUCACAGGAACCUACUGUGCAAUAGCAUUAAAGCAAAACGAUAUCAAGCAAGAAACUGUUUUGAAGAGUGAACGGGAAAAAAGGCCGUGUUUGAAUAGUUACAUAGAAGCCCAUUGUUACUUUUUUGGGAUUACUUUGGCUCUGCUAAUAUGUUCAGUUACAUAUGGUAGCCCUAGGGCCUGAAGUGAAAAGCAUUGAGAUCUUGCCUUCUUUCUUCUGUACUUAGUCUUUAUCGCCUCACCUCAUAGUAUUUAGUUCUUACACCCAGCUUUAAAAAUAUACAGUCCUCUUAAGUGUUUCUAAAAACUGAAAUAAUUGGUUGGGGGUGCUAGAAAGGUUUUCUUACAAUGGUUUAUUUUUCCCCUUUUAUAAAUAAGUUGAGUUUUGCUAAAUUAUCCUCUUUUGUUCAUUGACUGGAUUGUAUAUCAUUUUCUCUUUUCCAAAUAUCGUGAUAUUUCUGUUGUGGUUACAGAAAGUGGAAGAGUUUCUAGACAUACUCAAAGGGAUAUUCUUUAUAUGUUGCCCUGUUUAAUUAGACUUCUUUUCAUUCCAUCAUUUUGGAUGUUGGGUAAGAUUUUUUUUAAAGCUUUAUAUUUUCUCAUUUUGUUGUCUAGUUCAAUACUACCUUUAAUAGUUAUCUUUGGUAAAAUUCCCACUUGAUUUUGGUAAUAACUGACAAUAAUUAUACUGAUUUUUAACGUUUCUAGUUGGAAUGAGAGUUUAUUAACAUUAUAUAGAAGGUAGAAAAACCUACACUACUCAAGUUUUAUCUAAGAAGGAUAGGUUAUAAAGGGAGGUGCUUAAAACUAUUCUUUACUGAAAUCAUUUUUAUCUGCUUUUUAAUAAGAUAUGGAAUGGUUUAAACAAGUGUUUUGAAAAAAAUCUACAUAUCUGGCACAUGAGUUUUUCAAAUGUAACUAUUCAGAGGUUAUUUUCCUUUUGCUACAUUUAUUUGCUUUCUAAAGAGGUGUAAUUUUUCCAAAACUCAACAUAGAAUAAUCUUUCCCAAGCUUAGGGAGAUGAGUAAAACCCAUGGUUAUUGAGCAGAACUAUCUAUUUUUUAAUAAGUUGAUUAAAAUUUGUAACAAGUAUUUUGAGCCAAACUGAAAGUUGUAAUUACAGUAUUUAAGAAGUUCUUGAACAUUUUAAAGAGGUCUGAAUUUGUAUAUUCCUUAAUUUUUGGAACUUUUACUUUCUCAUGUUGACUUUCUUUCAUUCUAAGUAUCUUGUCCUAUGACAACUUUCCCCCAAGAAAUGACCAUUGCUACUUACAUUUGAGUUUGUUUCUACAGAAAGGCCUGGAGAACAGGAAUAGCUCGUUCUCAUUUAAAGUUUACUGCUUACUGGUAGGAUGUUUUGUUCAUUGGUAAAACAAAUCUAAAUAAGGAAUUUAUUUGAACUGGGUCUUAUUUUUCCAGAGGACAUUCAUAUCUGCACCAUUGUCUGAUGACAUUUUGGUAAUGCUAAAGAUUAUAAGGCAGUCUAGAGAAUUUUGAUUCUCCAAACAAAUAUAGUUUUGGUUUUUAUUCCUCCUAGAGAUUUUGAAAGAAAUUUUUGGAUGUUCUGUUCCCUACAGCGAGGUUAUUCCAGGACCUAAGGAAACAGGAAAUUGUAAUUCUCUUUCGUAAGAGUCAAACCUGAAAGCAGUAAUUUAGUGGUGUAGCUGCUUUACGUGAACAGUUAGACAUGCAUAUUUUAGCAAAAAUGACACGGAAAAAGCCAGUUCUUGUAUAAAAAUUUUUACUAUUAUGUCUUAUAUAAUUGUGUCUUCUCUUUAAUGCAGUGCCUUCUUCCUCUCAGCAUGCUCUUGCUCCAUUCCCCAUGCAGUGUCACCUGGUAUUUAAGUCAGAUAUCAUGUUUUACUGGCAAGAGCCUUCUGUUGCAGGAGCAUGGGGAAAAGGAAAUAUUAAUCAGGGGCUGGAGGAGUGCAUAUGAUUCUUUCCUGUGCUCAUGCCAUCAUUUGAAACCCUUCAUAUAAAAUUUUCUAAUAAUCAUUCUGAAAAUUCAUUUGAAGUAAUACAAUGAUUAUUUCCAAAUAAGAAUCUGAGGUUUUCCUCUUACUGUGCUUCUUAAAGAUCUCUAAAAAUAAAGAGCAAAACGUGUGGGUUUUUAGUUUAGUUGUUUUAAGUUUGUUUGUGUGAAGUUAAACUGGAGAAGGUUUGCCACCCUCAUUUCAAACUAGAAGAUAAACAACUGUAGUGCCUAUUUAAAUAGUCUCAAAUUAACGUAACUAUUGACCAUAAUAUAUAACAUUGUCAUGGACAUUUGAAUUAAAAAACAUUGAGCUCUUUUGUUCAAUUCAAUACAUUGUGGAAAGUUAGCAUACCCUUUUAACACUCUUUGUUGGUUUAGUUACUCUUUGUUUUGACAGGUCAAACAUGAUUGCUUUCUGUAAAAGAAAUGCAUGAGAGGUUGACAGUAAUGGAUGUAUCACAGGUGUAAAAAAAUUAUGUUUUAUAAAAACAUGCAUUUCUUUUAGCAGUUGAACCCCAAACCAGUUCUGGUAAACUGGAUAAAGAAAUGAAGGAAUUGCCUUAAGCACUUUAGAAAAAGAAUUUUUUUACAAUUCAUUUUGACUCUUUGGGCUUACCAUGUCACAUACGUCUUUAACUUUUGGUAAAUAUGUGUAUACCAAACAUUUAGUAGCAACGCACAUAGGAACUUUAAUAUACAGUGAGUCUUUGAAUAUUCUACGUGUAUAUAAACAAAUGGAAAGUAUUAGGGGCGUGCCUGUCUGUACAUCAGUUUGAUGGUGUCUGUGCUGUUUGACAAACCGUGAAGUGCUGCUGUACAGCCAGACUUGUCUGCUUUGUUCUGCAAACAGGAAUUUUUCCCCAUGUUAUCAUCUAAAGAGACAUUGGCUUGGUUUUAUUUACUCAUUUAUGAAAUUAAAGCAUGAACAGAAUCAUGUAUAAUUGAAUUUUUUGUGACGGAUCCUUGAUGGUAUAAAUAAAAGUAAAUAAUUUGUAAUGAAAUUUUAAUUAGGCUAAGAGAGUCCAUUUCAUGACUUACCUAGAGUGAUUAGUUUUUCUCUAUAUACUUUUUCCAUAAAAUUAUAGUUAUUUAUAUAUUUUUAGUUGUUUCUUUUGGAAACAGGGGAAAAAUUGGAAAAGGAUAUAUAUGGGAAAUGGUUAUGUCAAAGAGUAUUAAUCUUCGAAGAGGACAGUAUAGACUUCUUACUAUAAAAUAUGUGAUUCCAGGCUAAAAAUCUAAGGACUGUAUUUUCAAAUCAUCAUCAUCAUUCUUUUUUUAAAACCCUGUAUUUUGUUAGAUCAGUGUUCUUUCAUUGGCUAAUUCAUGCAACAAAUAUUUAAGUGUCUCUGAUAUGGCAGUCAUACUUUGUAUUCGGAUCUCCAAAGUUAGUGAAGUUUGAUUUACUGUGCAUAUAGUUUUCCAGCUUGUCAGUGGUGUGACAAAUUGUAUCUUAAAAACCAUGUUUUGCUAAUAAAUUUCACAAAGUAAAUUUGUUAUAGUUUAUUUAAAAAUUCAAAUUAACUGCAUAUAAUAUGGUUUACUUUUUAUAGGCACAUAAAAUGAGUCUGGAAAAGUUUCUUCCUUGAUUUUAUUUUUACACUGGAUAUGUCCUUUUAGGGAAGUGCAUGGUCAGCAUAAAUUUACUCAACAUCCAAGCAACCAUAAAGUUAUUUGUUAUUUUAAACCAAAAUGUACAUAAUGCCAGUCCUGGAGCAUUAUAAGAGGUCAUGAAUGUUUCCUUAAUCAUCACGGAAAGAUUACCUCACAUUCAGUAUAGUUGUAGUUUUGUGUGUAUCUUACAGUAUUCACAUUAUGCAAAUAUUUGUGAUCCUGAUAUGUCAUAUAUGAUAGCUUUGUUACCUGGAAUGUUUGAUUAAUGUAAAUACUUUAAGCUUUUUGAGUAAUUUGCAGUUUAAAUGGAUUACAUUUGGUAUAUAUUGUUUUUGUUGAAAAGAUAUUGUUGGACAUGCUAUAUAAAGGUUAGUAUUGGCUUAUAAAUAAAUACCAGAGACUGCCAUAGUUCUUUUCUCCUCAGACUACCCAAUUAUUAAAUUAAAACAGUAUUUGUUAUUUCUGGAUCAAUAUAAGGUACUGAUUUUUGAAUCAUAAUCAUUUGAACUAUGUUAGUUUAAACUGAUAUAUUUUCUUAAUGGUACCUGUUCAACAUAAAUUAGUCCUUGGGAAUGGACAUGUGGAGGAUUUCAUGGUAUGUGGGGCAGAAGGUAGGUGAAUGUGUUUGCUUUGGCUUGGAGCUUCUUAAGUUUGAACCAAUUUUAAAGUCAGUCAAAUUAUAAGUGAUUCGCAAAAGGCAUUUUUAUUAGUAUUGAAACUUUUUGGAGAGCCUGAGGGCUAUGAGAAUACAUAAUUUUUUUUUUAACAUUUCCAAUAUCUUUAAGGUACCAAAGUGCUGAGUCUCAUUUACCUUUUCAGGGAGACUCUUUAAAAUCAAAUUCAUGACUAAUCCAUAUAAGAUACAUAAUGGCUACAGUUUUAAUGUAAUUAAUAUUAAAAACCACUAGUCUUUAAAAUUUCUGGAUAUAAUAUAAAAAAUAUUUUGGCUUCAUUUCUUCUAAAAUAUUUAAAGUUAAUUAUCUGAGCUCUACCAUAUAAUUAUCUGAGCUCUACCAUAUACAAGAUCUAUGACCUCUACAUAAAUCAUUUAUCGUCUUUGGGCCUUCAUUGCCUUACAUAAAAUAAUUGUAACUUGUUCUGCCUACCUCACAGGGCUGUUGUGAGGAAUAAAAUGAAAUGGAGUAUGUGAAAUUGCUUCAACAACAGUAAAAUGCUGUGUAAAUGUAAGGUAUUAUUUUCAGUUAAUAAUAGAUUUAAGUGUUUGGAUACUUCCAGAUGCCGUUUACUUUGAUAAAGCAUGGGCUUAAAGUGAUAUCACCAGAACUUCAAAUGUGAUUUUUAAAAAACCAAAAUCCUGAUUUAAAUGUCCUUUAACAUUCUUUAGUUUGUGCAUGACUUGUGGCCUUUUUGUAUUUUCUCAUCAAGCCUGUUACUCUCUAUCAGUUUCUAGAACUGUAAAAUUUCUCCCACAGCAUUAGUGUGUCAGUGUAGAAUAGUAGCAUAAGUAAAUGGUUUAAGCUAUGUUUCCAUCCAGGCAUUUGCACUUUCAACGGAUGACUGCUCAGUGCCACAUGCAAAGACUGAAUUUGGCCUAAAUAAUUCUUCCCAAACAACCAAAUGGUUCAACAGUUUGUUGUCAUUGGAUACAUGAUGUAAGGUGUACAUGCCCACUUAACAUUUGACAACUUUUGUUGCACUUUCAUUUUUAAAAAAUACGAUGAAGCAUUUAGAAACCUUGUUAACCAGGAUAUAAUCUAAUAUCUCUCCUAACAUAUUUGUUUUGCUUUAAAUUGGAUUUAUUAAGUAGUUUACAGGUUAUCUUGAUCUACAGAUUAUUUGGUAUGUCUAUCAUCUCAACAUAGUUUUGCUAUGCAGUUCUGAUGAUAAAAAUUCUAAUUCCUCAGGUUUAACCUUUAAGUUACAGAUGAAGAACAUUAAUGAAUUACUUAUAAUGUACUCAGUGCUGCAAACUAGUGUUUUAAUAAGCAGAUUGCCUCAUUUUCCUUGGAAACAAGACAAAGCCUUUUAAAUGGUUUUUUAACUUUAAAAUAGAGUAUUCAAAGUGGAGUAACUUGUAUGUUGAAAUGAUUGUAUGGUCUGUAUAGAAUGACUGAGUUAAGUUUCACAAAAGCACCUGGAAUAUCUCAUCUAAAAAUUAAACGUUUUUUUUUCUGCUUU